UGGUGCAGUUGAGAGACAACCUACAAACUACAAACUGGAAACUGUAUGUAUAUAUUGCUUAAUUGCACUAAAUAUCCUAUUCCUCUUCCAUACCCAUUCUACUUGAUAAAAUAAGUUCCUAUUUUUAUUUAUUAAUAACCACCAUUUCUCUUUCUCAAAGAGAAUCAGACCCCAAAUUACUACCAGUACACAAUAAUGAGUUUCAAUGAAGGAGCUGCUUGUAAGAGAAAAGUAGGCAAAGAAAUGGAGCAAACCCACUUCCAAAAUAACAAGCCCGAGGAAUAUCAGAGAGCAAAGAAGGGAAAACGGUACGCUCUGGUGUCGUUUUGGGAUUUGCCGGAGUACAUGAAGGAUAACGAGUUCAUACUCAAUUAUUACAGAGUUAAUUGGCCUCUCAAAGAAGCAUUCUUUAGCGCAUUAAAAUGGCACAAUGAAACCCUCAACGUUUGGACACAUUUUCUUGGGUUUGUUCUGUUUUUGGUAUUGACUGUGGCGAAUUUUAUGGAGGUGCCUCAUGUAGCGGAUCUCAUAGGUUUCUUUACCAGGUCUAUCCCCAUCACUGCAGAUACAAAUGUUUCCCAAGCCAUUCAAGACUACUAUACAGAGGCGACAAAGCUCAUAGAUUUGAAACAAGUAACGUCUACAGAAAUGAAUUUAGGAUCAGGAAACAAGGGUGUAGCCCAAUGGCCAUUUCUUGUUUUCUUAGGGGGUUCUAUGUUCUGCCUCUUAUCCAGCAGCAUUUGCCACCUCUUUUCGUGCCACUCACGCAACUUGAACAUCUUCCUUCUCCAAAUAGACUAUGUCGGAAUCACAAUUAUGAUCAUCACCUCCUUCUUUCCUCCAAUCUACUACAUUUUCCAAUGUGACUCAAACUGGCACUUUGCUUACCUUGGAGGGAUCACAGUAAUGGGUUUGUUCACAAUUGUCACACUGCUUUCCCCGAAGCUUUCUGCUGGGAAAUUCCGAGGAUUUCGAGCAAUGCUCUUCACAUCCAUGGGAUUGUUUGGCAUAGUUCCAGCAAUCCAUGCCCUGAUUGUGAACUGGGGCAAUCCCAAUAGGAAUAUUAUCCUAGUAUAUGAAUUGGCAAUGGCAUUCUUCUACUUAACAGGGGCUGGAUUUUAUGUUAGUAGAAUUCCGGAGAGAUUGAGGCCUGGUUGGUUUGAUUUAGCAGGGCAUAGUCAUCAAAUCUUUCAUGUUCUGGUGGUGAUGGGUGCAUUGGCACAUUAUGGUGCUACACUAUUGAUUUUAGAGUGGCGCAACAACUUUGGAUGUCAAAGGAUUAAUGUUCAGUGAUUUAUGGAACUGGUCUUUGUCACUUAAUUUUUUUUUUUUUUAAUUUUUUUCUUAAAUGUUUGAUUGGUAUAGAUAUAUAAUCAGCAUACAUAUACAUAUAUAUAUAUAUAUAUAUAUAUAUGGAUAGAUGGGGACAUACAAAUCAUUUGUUCAUGUUAUUACUAUAACCGUAUAAGGUGGUGGUGCUUUCUAAUAUUUAAAAUUAGAUAGUCCCAAAGUUCCAAUCGUGCAAAACUGUGAAAAGUUGAAACUGCUGUGAUUAUUUUAUUAUAUAUAAAGCUUACUGGGUUUGUGUGAA